CCUUCCUCCAGCCCUGGGGUACGGAUUGGCUCCGUCAGCGAGGUCAGCGAGGACAAGACCCUUCCCGCGCCUUCCCCUGACCCGACCCGCCGUGGUCGCUGUAGACACGCGGGUGCAGCGCGGGGCGGGGGCAUGCUGGCCUGGCAGUGGGGUGCGAGUGGCAGCGCGCGGGGGCCGGAGCAGCGCCGUGCCCCGGGGCGUACGGGGGCUGGAUGGCGGAGCCCACGCGCCUUGCGGAGCCCGGGAGGUUUGCGCUCCGCUCGCCGCGCUGCAGGGAGGGCGCGGUGCCAGGCGCGAGCGCCCAGAGACCCAAAAAGAAAGCUUUUUAUUUGCUGAGGAUGAAGCCCCUGAAGGAGCCCGCCCCCAACAACAACAACGUGUCCUUUGUGAUCCAUUGUCAACUAGGCAAGGAGAUCAAACACAUUUGCAGCAACUGCAGUCGCGGGGAAGACACGCGGGACGCUGAGGAAGUGGAGAGGCUGGCGGCGAUGCGUUCUGACUCCCUCGUCCCAGGUACCCAUACCCCACCCAUCCGGAGGAGAAGUAAGUUUGCCAACCUGGGAAGGAUUUUCAAGCCUUGGAAAUGGAGGAAGAAGAAAAGCGAAAAGUUCAAGCACACAUCUGCAGCGCUGGAAAGGAAAAUAUCCAUGAGGCAAAGCAGAGAGGAGCUGAUAAAACGAGGAGUCUUGAAGGAAAUUUAUGACAAAGAUGGGGAGCUCUCCAUAUCCAAUGAGGAGGACUCCCUGGAAAACGGACAGUCCCUGAGCGCCAGCCAGCUGUCUCUGCCCGCCCUGUCCGAAAUGGAGCCGGUCCCGAUGCCCAGAGAUCCCUGCUCAUACGAGGUGCUCCAACCUUCAGACAUCAUGGAUGGGACAGUGUCUGAAGAGAGUCCCUCUGCCAGUGAGUCUGGAGUCCUCCUGUCCCAAGAUCCUUCAGCCAAACCAGUCCUGCUACUGCCCCCCAAAAAACCUGCUGCUUUCUCUGGAGACCAUGAGGAGACCCCAGUGAAGCAGCUGUCCCUCCUCAAGCAGCCCCCCGCCCUGCCUCCCAAACCCACAGCCAGGAUUGCCAACCACUUGACAGAUCCUGGAGCCCCUGUGAAAUUGCCUUGUCUGCCAGUGAAACUGUCACCUCCGCUACCUCCAAAGAAAGUCAUGAUCUGUAUGCCUGUAGGAGGGCCAGACCUCUCGCUGGCAUCCUACGCAGCCCAGAAGAGCGGCCAGCAGGGUGGGGCCCAGCACCACCACACGGUCCUGCCGUCCCAGAUCCAGCACCAGCUGCAGUAUGGCAGCCUUGGCCAGCACCACCCCUCCGCCAGCGGCUCCCUCCCCAUGCACCCCUCCAGCUGCAGGAUGAUAGACGAGCUGAAUAAGACGCUGGCUAUGACCAUGCAGAGGCUGGAAAGCUCUGAGCAGCGGGUCCCCUGCCCCACUUCUUACCACAGCUCCAGUUUGCACUCGGGUGACGGUAUCACAAAAGCAGGACCUCUGGGCCUUCCAGAAAUAAGACAAGUGCCAACUGUUGUGAUUGAAUGUGAUGACAAUAAAGAAAAUGUGCCUCAUGAAUCAGACUACGAAGACUCUUCCUGUCUCUACACAAGGGAAGAGGAGGAGGAGGAGGAAGACGAGGAUGACGACAGCUCAUUGUACACCAGCUCCCUGGCCAUGAAGGUGUGCCGGAAGGACUCCUUAGCCAUCAAACUCAGCAACAGGCCCUCCAAGCGAGAGCUAGAAGAAAAGAACAUCCUUCCCAGGCAGACGGAUGAAGAGAGGCUGGAGCUGAGGCAGCAGAUCGGCACCAAGCUCACCAGGCGGCUGAGCCAGAGGCCCACUGCAGAGGAGUUGGAGCAGAGGAACAUUUUGAAACCUCGGAACGAACAAGAGGAACAAGAGGAGAAAAGAGAGAUCAAGAGGAGGCUAACUCGAAAGCUUAGCCAGAGGCCCACCGUGGAAGAACUUCGGGAAAGGAAGAUCCUCAUCCGCUUCAGCGACUACGUGGAGGUGGCUGACGCCCAGGACUAUGACCGCAGGGCGGACAAGCCGUGGACCCGCCUCACCGCUGCCGACAAAGCUGCCAUUCGGAAGGAGCUGAAUGAAUUUAAAAGCACUGAGAUGGAAGUUCAUGAGCUGAGUAGACAUCUAACAAGGUUUCACCGACCUUAACAGUCAAAUUCCUCUUGAGUGCUAUGCUGUCUUCAAAACAUAAAUUUAUAAGAACCAUAA